CAUACAAGCAAGAUACAUGUUGUAGUACAAGUCAAAAAGAUAAGUACCAAACCUUCAUCUCUUUCUUGCUUGCUUGCAAGGACGGACGGACGGACAAUGCUACUCACUUUUUUCAACUGAUCCAUCCCUCUUUCAAACCCACAAACCAUACCAUGGUCGGCGGCGCCGGAGGUGAUGCAGAUGCCGAUGCUCCACCACCACCUCUCAACGGCGGCGAGUUCCUCCUCCAACUCCUCAAAAACCCACCUCAACACCCCCACCCCCACCCCCAACCACAUCCACAACCACUCCCCCAAGAUCCAGCCGUCGCCGCCGUUGGACCCUCCAUACCCUUCCCGCCACCCCCAUUCUCGCACUCCCGCCCAGCUCUUUUCCCACCUACUCACAAUUACUUCAAUCAGGGGUUAGGGUUUCCCCAAAACCCUAACCCUAAUUUCGUUCAGGGUCAUCAACAACAGAUCACCGAUCAGGGCGUGCUUGAUUAUCUUUCAAGGCUCGGGCUUAUUCACAGCAACCAGCAGCAACAGCAGGAGCAAGAUCGACGCAACAAGCUUGUGUUUGGUUCUUUGCAUUCUGAUUUACAAGCAUCAUCUAAAGUGCCAAAGAAUGCUAACUUGGAUUACGAUCUGGCUAGUGUUGAGAAACAUUUGUUGACAGAAAGAGAAUUGGGCAUGGGGAAUAAUAGUCGGGUCAAUGGUCCUGAGAGGAAUGCUGAGUUUAUGCAGCAUAGGCAAGUUAGCUCACUUACUUUUGGCAAUUAUGUGUCAGCUGAAGCGGUUUCACAGCAGCAGCAGCAAGUGAGGCGAAUGCCGCCGCCCCCUGGGUUUUCAAGCAACCCAAACCCGGUAGGGAGGAGGAAUUCAGAACAUGGUGUGGAUAAGGGAAAGGGUAACUAUAUGGGUGGUGUUGUGAAUUCAGGGGAAAGAUUGCAUAUUGGGGGAAGGCAUUUGGGUGCUGAGAGAUAUCAGAUUAAUGACAUGGGUCCGUCUAGAGGAGCUCAUCUUCAUUCGGUUUCUGCUGUUGAGGAGUUGCAUGAUCUGAAUGGAAAAAGAUCAAUGAAUAAUGGGGUUGAUUCAGCUGAAUUGGAUGAUUUAGAGGAGCAGGUUGAUAAUUUACUGCUUGAAGAUGGAACAGAUGAGAAGAGUGAUGUAAAGAAGGGCCCUAAAUCCAGAGACAAGGAUUACAGAGCGGAUAAAAGGGGACAAUGGCUUCUGAACCAGAGAAUGAGAAAUCAUAGAAGUCAUAUAGAAUGCCGGGGAGAUAUAAAUAGGCUAAAUGCACAUUUUCUUGAAAUUUAUGAAUCUUUGAUACCACCGGAAGAAGAAAAAGAGAAGCAGAAACAACUAAUGGCGUUAUUAAACAAGCAUGUUACAAAUGAAUGGCCCAAGGCUCAGUUAUUUCUUUACGGAUCAUGUGCCAACUCAUUCGGGUUUCGUAAAAGUGACAUCGAUGUUUGUCUUGCAAUGGGGGAUGCUGACGUGGACAAAUCAGAAAUCUUGUUGAAGCUAGCUGAUAUUUUGAAAUCCGAUAACCUUGAAAACGUUCAGGCAUUGACUCGUGCUAGGGUUCCCAUAGUGAAGCUUAUGGAUCCCAUCACUGGAAUCUCGUGUGAUAUAUGUGUAAACAAUAUGCUUGCUGUUGUAAAUACAAAACUUCUUCUGGAUUACUCUAAAAUUGAUGUUAGGUUGCGACAACUGGCAUUUAUCGUUAAACACUGGGCAAAAUCGCGAGGAGUGAAUGAAACUUAUCAAGGGACCCUCUCCAGCUAUGCGUAUGUUUUGAUGUGCAUUCAUUUCUUGCAACAGCGAACGCCUUCCAUCCUUCCAUGUCUACAGGGAAUGGAGGUAACUUAUAAAGUAAAUGUGGACAAUGUUGAAUGUUGUUACUUUGACCAAGUUGAGAAACUUCAAGGUUUUGGGUCCCGCAAUGGUGAAAGUAUUGCUCAAUUGGUUUGGGCAUUCUUCAACUACUGGGCAUAUUGUCAUGAUUAUACGAAUGACGUCAUAUCUAUACGUAUGGGAAGCUUAAUAAGCAAACGGGAAAAGGACUGGACUAGAAGGAUUGGGAAUGACCGUCAUCUAAUAUGCAUAGAAGAUCCAUUUGAGGUAUCUCACGAUUUGGGCAGGGUUGUGGACAAACGUAGCAUUCGGGUUUUGAGAGAAGAAUUUGAACGGGCUGCUGAAAUUUUGCAAUACGAUCCAAACCCUUGCGUGAAGCUUUUCGAGCCCUAUAUUCCCAGUUGAUGUUUUUUUGCCGGUAGCCAAGCACAAUGGUUUAGUUGCUAGUAAGUAAUUCUAGACGUACAACCUGUAAAUCUAUUCCCUGAUUCGCUGUGUUGCUGUUUUUACAUAUUUCCUAGGGUUUUGUAGUUGUGGAUUUGAUCUCAGUAUUCAUAUUUACGUAUUUAAUUUGUUUAUGCUAUAAUGUUUUCAUUUACAUCUGUAAAAGCUAGUAACUUUAGA